GGCAAAGCCUUUCAAAUUUUGCUAGAACAGAACCAUAACAAAUUCAAAAUGGCUUCGAUGUCCACCUGCUUCACUGUGUCCGCAAAAUCUCGCAUCCUACAUUCUCAUCCAAUGGUCAUUUCAAAACCCUCAUUUCGCCUUAAACCUCCCGAUUCUUUUACUAAUAUUCAACCACUUCAUUCCUCCAGAAUUCCUUUCAAAUUUGCCAACUCUAGGGUUUCUGCGGCCUUCGUCAGGGCGAGCAUUGAUGUACCCGCCGGAAUUAGGCCCGGAGGUGUCGUGGAGAGCGAUAAAUUGCCGGCUGAUGUCAGGAAGCGAACGAUGGAAGCUGUUGAUGCUUGUGGAGGGAGGGUUACGAUAGGGGAUGUGGCUAGCAGGGCUGGACUUAACUUGAAUCAAGCUCAAAAGGCUCUCCAGGCUGUUGCUGCUGAUACCGAUGGCUUUCUAGAGGUUUCAGAUGAAGGUGAUGUGCUUUACGUUUUUCCUAAAGAUUACCGCUCAAAGCUUACAGCAAAGUCAUUUAGGAUGAAAGUUGAACCGUUGUUUGAUAAGGCGAAGGCCACUGCUGAAUAUCUUAUUAGGGUAUCCUUUGGAACAGCACUAAUUGCUUCAAUAGUUAUUGUUUAUACGACUAUAAUCGCUCUCCUUUCAAGUAGAAGUGAAGAAGACCAUCGUGGAAGACGUGGAGGCAGAUCGUAUGACUCAGGAUUCACCUUUUACUUUAGUCCUACUGAUCUAUUUUGGUACUGGGAUCCAUAUUACUAUAGGAGGCGACAAGUACAAAGAGAUGAUGAUGGAAAGAUGAACUUCAUUGAAUCUGUCUUCUCAUUUGUGUUUGGGGAUGGUGAUCCUAACCAAGGAAUUGAAGAAGAGAGGUGGAAGUUGAUUGGACAAUAUAUUUCAUCCAAUGGUGGUGUCGUCACAGCUGAAGAACUUGCACCAUAUCUUGAUAUACAGACUACUGAGCAAAUUACAAAUGAUGAGUCAUAUAUUUUACCAGUUCUUCUACGAUUUGAUGGUCAGCCAGAAAUUGAUGAAGAGGGAAAUAUUCUGUACCGAUUUCCUACACUUCAGCGUACAGCUUCUUCUCAGAGAAGUAGGAGAAAGGAAUAUGUAGGCAGGAGAUGGGCGGAUUGGGUUGGGAUUGAGAAGUUUUUCAGGGAGAAAAAAUGGCAAUUCAGUAAGACUGGUGCAUCAGAGAAAGCAAUGGUCAUUGGAUUGGGUGGGGCUAACCUGUUUGGAGUCAUUAUUCUGGGAGCCAUGUUAAAGGAUAUUGCUGUUACACCAAGUGGAUUAAUUAAAUUUGUUUCUGGCAUAUUUCCUCUACUUCAGAUAUAUGCUGGUUCUUUCUUUGCUAUUCCUUUGAUCCGCUGGUUCCUCGUUCGCAAGAGGAAUGCUGAUAUAGAGAAAAGAAAUCAAGCAAGGGAACAAGUUGCUCGAACGCUUGAACUUCCUGAUCCUUCACUAAAACAGAAGCUUCUGAGUGCUCGGGAUAUGGCCCAAAAGACAGUGAUAGGGAAGGAGCGCAUUGUCUAUAGUACUGACAGGGACAUAAUUGAGCAAGAUGUUGAGGCCCAAGAAUGGGAUAGGAGAUUCCGAGAGAUUGACAAGUCACAAUGAGAGGCUUUUUGUUGGAGUUGAACAAGCAGUAUUCUUCUUUCAGAACAUUGAAGCAUCUCUAGCUCUACUUUUAAUAAGUGAAGAUCGAUUGGAAGCACUUAUUCAUCAUUGGUAAAACUUGCCAUGGCAUUCUUGUAUGGUCACUUGACAUUGCAGCAGGGAUAAAAAUGACUUGUACAGUUGCCCUUGUCUUGAUUUACAAAUUUCAAGUAUCAAAGAGGACAUAUGUAUUUUGCUGGGAAAUUCGCAACACUUCCCAUCAUAUUUAACUUAUCCAAGCUACUCAUCUCAACUCUCCUCUCAUAUGGUGAAUGUGAAAUGAACUCCUCA